AGCAGAACAGACGCCAUCUUCCUCUGACAGGAGAACUACUGGAGCCGAGUGGAGAAGCGAAACUAGGUCAGGCUCUCUGAGAACCAGAACAGUCUUUAAAAACUUGCUUUUUGAGCUCGUAGUCGUUGUUCGCUGAGUUCUGUCCUAUGGUCCAAUGCGUUUGAUCUGACGAGGAGCUCGUACGCAGUUUUCCGGUGUCGGACCCGGUUCACGUUGAUUGAUCCUUUUCUGAUAAACACCCGACAACGGAGUGAACUCAGCCCAACCAUCUGGAUGUUGUUUACCCAGGAUGAAACGUGCGCUGAAAGGCAACAAGCAGGAGGACGGAGGUGGCACCAGUGGAGGGUCUCAGGAGACUCUUAAACGGUCCCGCAAGCAGAGGAGGGAGAAAGACUUUGAAGGGGAGGGAGUCCACUGGGAGUGUCUGCCGCAGGAGAUCCUGCUCCACAUCUUCCAGUACCUGCCGCUCCUGGAUAGAGCUUAUGCUUCUCAGGUCUGCCGUGGGUGGAACCAUGCGUUUCACAUGCCCGAGCUGUGGCGCUGUUUUGAGUUUGAGUUGACCCAGCCUGCCAGCUCGUACCUGAAGGCCACACACCCUGACCUCAUCAAACAGAUCAUCAAGAGGCACGCCAACCACCUGCAGUACGUCAGCUUCAAGGUGGACAGCAGCAGAGAGUCAGCAGAAGCGGCGUGCAACAUCCUCUCCCAGCUCGUCCAUUGUUCUUUGAAAACUUUGGGGCUCAUCUCAACAGCGAGGCCUAGCUUCAUGGAGCUGCCCAAGUCUCACUUCAUCUCAGCCCUGACGGUGGUUUUCGUCAACUCCAAAUCGCUGUCCUCCCUGAAGAUCGAUGAUACCCCCGUGGACGACCCCUCGCUUAAGGUCCUGGUGGCUAACAACAGCGACACCCUGAAGCUGCUGAAGAUGAGCAGCUGCCCUCACGUCUCACCUGCAGGCAUCCUGUGUGUGGCUGAUCAGUGUCACGGCCUGAGAGAGCUCGCCCUCAACUACCAUUUGCUCAGCGAUGAACUCCUCAUCGCCCUCUCCUCUGAGAAGCAUGUCCACCUCGAGCACCUUCGCAUCGAUGUGAUUAGUGAGAACCCCGGCCAACAGUUCCACAGCAUCAAGAAGAGCAGCUGGGACGCCAUGGUGCGGCACUCUCCUAAAUUCAAUCUGGUCAUGUACUUCUUCCUCUACGAGGACGAGUUCGGUCCUUUCUUCCGCGAUGAAAUCCCCGUCACACAUCUGUACUUUGGCCGCUCCGUCAGCAAAGACGUGCUGGGCCGCGUCGGGCUCACCUGCCCUCGUCUGGUGGAGCUGGUGGUGUGCGCCAACGGGCUGCGGCCGCUGGACGAGGAGCUGAUUCGCAUCGCCCAACGCUGCACACAGCUGUCCGCCAUCGGAUUGGGAGAGUGCGAGGUGUCCUGCAGCGCCUUCGUGGAGUUUGUGAAGAUGUGCGGUGACAGGCUGACACAGCUAUCCAUCAUGGAGGAGGUACUGGUUCCAGAUCACCGCUACGGGCUGGACGACAUCCACUGGGAGGUGUCAAAGCAUCUGGGCCGCGUCUGGUUUCCUGACGUGAUGCCUACCUGGUAAAGCUCGGGGAGAGAGAGCGUUAGGGUCCAGGAUUUAGUGAGAGUGUGUGAAUGUGUGUGCGUGUGUCAUCUAGUGAAGGACAUGGAGUGAAAAUGCCCCAUUUUUCCUCUUCUGUAGAGGCGCAGUGUGUAUGUUUGUUUCUUCUCCCUGAAUUCACACAGAAUCAUAUCUCUUUGAGUUUUAACAAGAAUUAACAUUUUUAUAUUUAUAUUAUAUUUUUUUCUAAUUGAUUCGUCUCUUGUCGCUGCAUUUAGCACCAUUUUCUCUUUGCCCUUCGUUAAAGCAAGACAUCAGUGUGUUGGAGAAUUCAGGAGUGACAGUUUUCUUUGAGAUUGAACAUAAACAGUUGGAAUUAUUUCAAAAUAAAAGUCUGCUUAUUUAUGCACACAGCAGAAACAGCACAUUUACAAGCCUACAUUCAGUGCAGAGCUUUAAAGUUGACAUAUCAUGCAAAAUCAACUUUUUAGUGGUUCUCCUGAAAUAUGUUUACCUGGCAUGUCUACAAACCCCCUGAAAAUAAAAAAAAAUCCAUUCUG